GAAGUGAACUGUCUUUUAGCGGGCGUCUGGUAGUAGCGCACUGUUACGUAAUGUGAGGGGUCGCCCUGCAGGGCUGAGCUGGGCCAAUGAAGAAAGGCAAGGGGCUGGCUUGCUUGUUCUCACGCCCCACCCUCAGACCGAGCCGGAGGAAAGUUUAUCGGAGUGAGUGGAGCGAACAUGGCAGCGCGUUGGUGGUUUUGGUGUGUCUCUGCGACCAUGGCGGUGGCGCUGCUGCUCGUUUAUGAGGUUCCUUCGGCCUCUGCCCAAAGAAAGAAGGAGAUGGUGUUAUCUGAAAAGGUUAGUCAGCUGAUGGAAUGGACCAAUAAAAGGCCUGUGAUAAGAAUGAAUGGAGACAAAUUCCGUCGCCUUGUUAAAGCCCCACCAAGAAAUUACUCCGUUAUUGUCAUGUUCACUGCUCUUCAACUUCAUAGACAGUGUGUCGUUUGCAAGCAAGCUGAUGAAGAAUUCCAGAUCCUGGCAAACUCCUGGCGAUACUCCAGUGCAUUCACCAACAGAAUAUUUUUUGCCAUGGUGGAUUUUGAUGAAGGCUCUGAUGUAUUUCAGAUGCUAAACAUGAAUUCAGCUCCAACUUUCAUCAACUUUCCUGCAAAAGGGAAACCCAAACGGGGUGAUACAUAUGAGUUGCAGGUGCGGGGUUUCUCAGCUGAGCAGAUUGCCCGGUGGAUCGCAGACAGAACUGAUGUCAAUAUUAGAGUAAUUAGACCCCCAAAUUAUGCUGGUCCCCUUAUGUUGGGAUUACUUUUGGCUGUUAUUGGUGGACUUGUGUAUCUUCGAAGGAGCAAUAUGGAAUUUCUCUUCAAUAAAACUGGAUGGGCUUUUGCAGCUUUGUGUUUUGUGCUUGCUAUGACAUCUGGUCAAAUGUGGAACCAUAUAAGAGGACCACCAUAUGCUCAUAAGAAUCCCCACACAGGACAUGUGAAUUAUAUCCAUGGAAGCAGCCAAGCCCAGUUUGUAGCUGAAACACACAUCGUUCUUCUGUUUAAUGGCGGGGUUACUUUAGGGAUGGUGCUUUUAUGUGAAGCUGCUACUUCUGACAUGGAUAUUGGAAAGCGAAAGAUAAUGUGUGUGGCUGGUAUUGGACUUGUUGUAUUAUUCUUCAGUUGGAUGCUCUCUAUUUUCAGAUCUAAAUAUCAUGGAUAUCCAUAUAGCUUUCUGAUGAGUUAAAAAGGAUCCCAGAGAUAUGUAGACACUGGAAUAAUGGAAAUUGAAAAGCAAAAAACAUGUAUUUGAAAAGAAAAAUUCAACUUGUGUAUUUUGUAUUACCUCUUUUUUUCAUGUGAUUUAAAUAGUUAGUCAUUUAACCAAAGAAGAUGUGUAGUGCCUUAACAAGCAAUUGCCUGUCAGAAUCAUGAAGUAUUUGGAAAUGACUUACCUCUUAACCUUCCUUUCCCAGUGAACUUUAUGGAACAUUUAAUUUAAUAGAAUUAAGUAUAUUAUAAAAAUUUUUAAACUACUACUUUGUUUUAAUUAGAACAAAACUCAAAAUUGCUUCAGUUAACUUUUGGUCAUCUGAUUUCAUAUUGUUUUAUCCAAAGAUGGAGAAAGAAAGUCCUGACCAGGUGUUCGCACAUAUGCCUAUUACAGAUACCUUCAUCAGGAAUUCAUUCUUACCUUUUCCAUCUUUGCAUGGAUGUGUAUACUUUACACAUCUUUCCUUUUGGGCAGAGGGAUCAUGUGUACUAUGUGGUCUUCUGAAUAUGGAAUACAAUUUUUCAGAGUAUACGUCUAGCCUUUAGAAAGACUAGUCAGUCUUUUUCCUCCUGCAUCUUUUCUACUGAAAUAUAGUGCUAUCUAUGCUUCUUGAUAACUAUAGACAUUAAAAAGUAUCUCUAAAUACAGGAUUAUGAUUUCUGCAUGAGUAUGGUGUUAACUACCUUGUAUUUGGAAAGAUUGCAGAUUCAUUUUAUCUCCUUAGUUUUCUUUUAUUUAGGAUGGCUCAUCUCUAAUAAAAAUAUGGCUUAAUGCUAAAAUCAGUGUAACUUAUAAAUGGUCUAAAAUGUUUCUGCAAAUUAGAGAUUGUCCCUUAUUUCUUUUGUACCUAAGAGAAAAAUAGGCUCAGUUGUGUUUAGGAAAAGGACUUCCUUAGAAUGAGAAAAGAAAAUCAUGAAAUAUUGAAUUGUUGCUGAUGUACAGAAAUUGUUUCUUAAAAGCUGUUCUGUUUUAAAAGCUGUUAUUUUAGCCUUUAUUCUCUCCCUUUAAGUGGAGAAACAAGUAAAAAUUUGAAACGGUCUUGUUUGAAUUAUUUUUUUCUAUCAGAAAUAACCAUAUGUGCUAACCAAAUUUCUGUGAAGAAUGUUUUCAUGGUUAUCACUACAUCUAACUAUAAGCUCCCCCAUAGUUAUGAGGAGUAACCUGAAAUGCCACUAUUACGGAAGUACAAGAAUUAUA